UACCUCAAAAAUUAAAAACAGCUAUUACAAGGCAAAAUGUUUGAGUUAUUUCAACGAAUUUUUAAUUUUAAGUGUACAGUACUUAACCACUUUAAUGAUUUUGAUAUAUUGUACUCAAAUAAUUUGAUAGUAAUCACUUAAUCCGCGUGACGUCACGCACGUGCGUACGUGCCUCUUCGCCAAAGUGGAAAUGUCCGCCAUUACUGCUGCUACAUCCCUGCAGUGCACAGGUUGAAAUUGAAGCAACAAAAGACUGGCUGAGAUACAGAUACCAGAUUCUUCAAUCUGGUAUGUUUAUAAUGCUCUGCUCGUACCAGUUCUCACUCUAAAUAUUAGAGUUGUAAAUAGAAUUUUGGUUUCCAAUGGCUUGGAGGUGCAAACUCUGUGCUACUCUCUUUGAUAGAAAGGCACAGUUGCUUGAACAUUAUCGUUUACAUCAUAGCAAUGUCUCCUCAGUCAAUCAAUUGCCUUGUCUCUAUGACAACUGUGUCUGCACAUUUCAUUCAGUAAAUGCAUUGAAAAUUCACCUAACCCGGUUACAUACUCAGACGCUUGUGCAAAGUGACAAUCAAGAAGGAUAUGUGUCAUUUGUCUGUGCUGUGUGUAAAUUUAAAGAACCUUUUAAUGACAAAACUCUUCUCAGUCAUUUAAGGAUGCAUUUAAAACAACACGAGAUGGUGGAUUGUCCAUUCAAAAAUUGUCAGUACCGCACUAAUGUGUAUUCCUCCUUUAAUGCCCACAAAAGUAGGAAUCAUCUAGGCUGUGAAUUCUCAGAUUUUAAGACAGAAAUUGUCUUGACAGAAACUGACGGCCAACCCAUUCAGAACCAAGUUGAAUCUGAUGAGGCUGGUCCGUCUCAGAAUUUUCUUGAGCUGGAAGCUCCAGAGUGUAAUCCUCCCGACUCUGGAUAUGACGCUGGUGAAUUGCAAACUCAACUGAGAAAAAAUUUGGCUUCUUUGUUCUUGAAAAUGCACAGUGUUCUGCAUGUGUCAGAGACAGCGAUACAAGACAUAGUGGAAAAUCUGGCACAAAUAUUCACGUUGUCCAAACCCCUUGUGAGAGACUCUGUCAUCAAGGUUUUAGGAGAGCAUGAUCAGUCUAUCAAUGAGGCCCUUCUUGAGGAAUUGGUGGAAGCUGUCAUGAAAAGUAAUAUUUUUGUCAGUGCUACUGCUGAAGGUGCAGAGCUGUCCAGUGCUAAACGGAGGAAAACAUUUGUAAGAAGUCACUACCCUCUGGUAAUGCCAGUGCAAUAUGCUGUGGAUUCCCUUGGACACACAGCAGUGUAUGUUCCAAUACUACAGAUGCUUCAAACAAUGUUUAAAAAUACAGAUCUUCUUGACAAGAUUCAAGAAACUAAACCAUCACCACCUGGAAUGUACAUGUCUCAUGAAGAUGGAAUGUAUUUCAAAGAAAAUCAAUUGUUGUCAGCGGCAGAAGACCUUAAGUUGUCUCUGAUUUUAUAUGUUGAUGACAUUGAACUAGCUAAUCCUUUAGGCACAGCUAGAAAGAUCCACAAGCUUUGUGCGGUGUACUGGUUGCUAGCCAAUGUGCCCAGUAUAUAUAGGUCCAGCCUUCAUAUCAUACAACUAGCUCUGUUGUGCAAAGUACCUGAUCUGCAGAGUUGUGGUUAUGAAAGUGUUCUUUCACCUUUGCUGAAAGACUUGCAUACUCUUGAGCAGGAUGGCAUUUUUAUCGAACCUGUCGGCCAAUGCGUAAAGGGCACUGUCAUGUGUGUUGCUGCUGAUAAUUUGGCUGCCCAUGGUCUGGCAGGCUUUGUGCAGUGUUUCAGAGGACACUAUGUCUGCAGAUUUUGUUGCUGUACUACAGACCAAAUACAGUCCACUGAAGUUUCUGAAGGAGAGUUUAGCAUGAGAACAAGGGCCUCCCAUGACGUACAUGUGCAGAAUGUUGUGCAAGGAGAAAAUGCAUCUCAUUUUGGUGUAAAGGCUGAGUGCACUCUCAGUAAGACACUACAGCAUUUUCAUCCUAUUUCUGGUUUCCCACCUGAUAUACUUCACGACCUUUUUGAAGGUAUUGUGCCAGUUGAGUUGGCCUUGUGCAUUCGUGAAAUGAUUCGUCUUAAGUAUUUCACUCUUGAAUAUCUUAACACAAAAAUACGUUCAUUUCCAUAUCAGCACUCUGAUAGGCUUGAUAAACCACAACCAAUCCCAAAGAAUUUUGCGGCCAAACUAAGCAUUGGUGGAAAUGGACAUGAAAAUUCCACUUUGCUGAGGUUAUUGCCCCUUAUGGUGGGAAGUAAAGUUCCUGAAGGAGAUGAAACCUGGGCUAUUUUGAUGGACCUGAAAGAAAUCGUGCAGCUAGUACUCUCCCCAUCUUUCACAGAAGAUUCCAUCCAGUACAUGCAGACUAAGAUAAGUGAUCACAGACAGGGUCUUCAAGCAGUGUUUCCAGAUUUUAAGCUCCGACCCAAACAUCAUUACCUUGAGCACUACCCAGAACUAACAAGAUGUUUUGGGCCUCUGGUUCACUUAUGGACCAUGAGGUUUGAGGGAAAACAUCGCUUUUUCAAAAGGGUGAUACAUGACACACAGAAUUUCAAGAAUGUCUUGAAAACUCUUGCAACCAGGCAUCAGCACAUGAUGGCGUAUCACCUCAGUGCACCAUUGUUUUUCAGACCCCACACACGAGCCUCAAGUGUCACCUCUGUCCAAAUCGCCACACUGCCGCAAGUGGCCAAAGACUUCAUAGAGACAAAGACAGAAAGCCAAAACAUAUAUAGUACUUCAAAGGUCUCCAUAAAUGGCACAGAUUUUGCAAAUGGAAUGUUUGUGUCUGCAGACCAGACUGGAGGACUUCCAAAUUUCAGCAGAAUUGAACGUGUUCUGCUUGUGGAUAACUCUGUUUCCUUUCUUUGCAGGAACUACAAGUGCUGGUACAGUGAGCAUUUACGAUCAUUUGAGCUGACAUCAACAGGCAACACCUCUGUGCUUCAGCUGUCAGAGUUAAAUGACACUGAAAUGGCAGCUCAAAACUUCCUACUUCAUGUCCAUACCUCCACAGACAUUGUGAGGAAGAUGACUCUAUCGUCACGUCCAGAAUCUGUGGAUGAGUUAAAAACGAUGAUAGGAGAAAAGUUUAAUCUUGACUUCAACUUCAGCCUAUCAUACCAAGAUCCAGAUUUUGAUGGACAGUUAUGUUCCCUUUUAGACAUUGAGGAACUUCCACAGAAGGCUGUGCUGAAAGUGAUCAGGUCUGAGAGUGAUGCCAGUUCAGUAGCAUCAGAUGACACGAUAAUAUUGCCUCAUGCCAUGACUCCAGACAGGGUCAACAGAUGGCCUGAUGUUUUUCCAGUGCCCAUUUUUUCCUAUGAGGUAGAAUUCUUACUUAGUGAUGGAAAUGCUACAUAUGACAGAACAGGGAAAACUCUAAAGUUGUCCAGGGGACAAAAGCAUGACAUUCUUGAGACUCUUGCUGCCAAGAUGCAUAGCUUCAAAGCUUACCCCAAUGAUAAGGAGGUUUCAAUGGUAGCAGAAGCACUUGUCAUUAAGCAUCCUUGUCUGAAAGAGCCAGGAUCUCAGACGGGAUGGUAUGGUUGGAAAAAUAGUUUAAAGUUUAAGAUGGGGAACUUCCGCACUAAGUUGAGUCGUGCAGGAUUUCAUGAGGUAGCUAUAAAUUCUGGGAAAAGGAGCCGGAACAACCCAAACAAACCAUCUCCUCACACCAACAUCAAAAGACCGAAGAGGGCAGAAGUGAAUUUCCUUCCCAAUUUCCCAAGAGGUGAAAAUGCUGCAAGCCUUGAACGACUGAGACUGCAAAUUGUAGAUGAAGUGAAGAAGAGUGACAAGAACCUUUCUCUGAUUGGAAAGUUAAUGCAGACUACCUUUGCCCUUCGGCGCAAUGAGAUCGUCAGUGAUGAUCCCCCUGUUGAUGAGAUCCUGGAACGCUGGCCUGCACUCAAAAUGGAGUCACAAAUCUGUUCUGAGUUUCACAGAAUCUCAAACAUCAACCUAAAGAACUGCUUCUAUGCUGAGUUGGAUCGACAUGCCCCACGUCUUCAGCGCUUGUUCAGGAGGAAAGCUGCACGGACAGGGAAAGCAGCUGAAGUCCUCAGUCGGAUCUUCCAGAUGUAUGACCUCCAGGAACAAGUUGAUGUUCAUGUCAGACGUGCUGCUGUUCUCCGUGCUCUCCCUGCAUAUCUGCAUGAUGACGACUCUGGAUUUCUCAAGCAAUGGGAUGUGGCGCAGUCUGAACCAGACAUUGGUGACUUACCGGUUGGGCUCUUGAUCAGUGCCACUUCAGAUGCCAUGUACCUCUGCCCAGAGAAGGUUGCGGUCGUGCUCGAGGGUAAAACAGUCAUUGAUUUUCCCACAUUCGCUGACGCAUUUGUAGUGCUUUUCGCACUGAUUUAUGCACUGCAUCUGAAUUACCCAAAAGACAUGGCAAAUACUUUUGACUUCACUCAGAAAGUCUUGAUGGGUCUGGAGGAUGGAAACAUGAGACCCAGGGUCUUGAGCCUCAAAAAUGAACUUUUGGCAGUGGAGUAGUUUGUUCCUGUUUUAAAACAUCUUAGAGAUGUGUUUUUCAAAGAUUUUUAUUGUUCAAUUUUGAAUGUGUUAAUGUUCAAGAAAACUCAUUCUGUACUGGUAAGAUCCCAUACCAUGCGGUUGUCCACUAUGUGGUUCUUUUGUCAGGCCAUUUUGUUAGGCCCUUGCACUAUUGUUCAAUGUUACUGUUCCUGUUUUUGCACUGAAUGGAAGCGUAUAGGGCAAGAUAUUGAUGUAUAACGUGAAAGUUGUCAACCAGCAGAGAUACUGCCUUAAUAUUCAUUGUCAUGUAACUCUUUUUAAUAUGCGGCCAUUAUAAACAAACUGAAAAAUUGGUGAACAGAACGGUUUAUGGCAAUAUUUGGAUAAUUUUGGUAUCAAUUGCCUUUCCUUGUCAGGAAACGUACAAAAAUGUUUUUAACUUGCCACGAUUGUAUAUUAAUAUCAUGAUAAAAAUUGGCAUGUACCAUUAUAGGAGUAUAUACAUAUUGUCCACUUCUAUAGUUUGGGGAAAAAAGUAAUUUCCCAAAGGCCCCUGCACUGUUUUUGAAGGUGUUAUCGUGCUAAUUUCAGUGUAAAAUGUUUUUGGUUACUAAAUAAAAUAGUAACUUGCAUUUGAA